AUGUUUCUGGUGCGAGUGCGAUGUGGCUGCAUUCUUGAUUUUCUUUGCGAGCAAUUCUGCCUCACAAAGUCUUCAGUUUCAAGAAUGCUAAGUGCAAUCAUCGAUUCAGUCUACACUAAAGUGAAAGAUAUAGAUAUUUGGCCCUCAAAAAGGCAAGUUCAAGCGUUCAUGCCAGAGGCUUUUGCCUUAAAAUAUCCAAAUUGUAGGGCAAUUCUGGUUUGCACUGAAUUUGCGAUACAAAAACCCUCCAAUCCUCGUGUUCAGCAGCUAACUUUUAACUAUUACAAAAAUAGAAACACCGUAAAGGCAUUGAUUGCCAUUACACCUUCUGGAGCUCUAUCAUAUAUAUCAGACCAGUGGUGUGGAGGGGUUUCCGACAAGCAACUUUUCUUGGAAAGUGGACUGUUGCAGCGUAUUCAAAAUGAUGAUAUCCUUGCUGACCGAGGAUUUUUAAUUGCAGCAGAAUUGGCUGCAAAGAACUGUAGAUUAAUAAUGCCUCACUUCUUGAAGCAAAAUAUACAAUUCACAGUAACAGAAAGGAAUCAAAAUCAACAAGUAUCUAAUUUACGUGUCCACGUUGAGCGAGCCAUCUCACGCAUAAAAAAAAUAUCGAUAUUUCCGAGGUCCUAUCCCCAGGCAGUGUUUUGGAGAAGUCAACAAAGUUCUUUACAUUUUGGCAUUUUUUACAAAUUUUUCUAA